UCUCCAGUGAUAAGUUGUCAAAAUUUUAUGUUUUAAAUUUGAUUGUUUGCCAUUGAUUGAUUUGGCGGAUUGAUUGCAGACCAAGCAUAAAUGUCCCUUAACUGGUAUUUAUUAAAAACGACCGGGUCGAUGACCAAAGCCAACACCUAUGUGCGAAAGUUCACGGAAGGAUCGGAGCGCAGCGGAGUGCUCAACAUGACAUCUUCAAUGCCGAGAAAUACAAAAAUUGCGAAAACCUCGGUCACGAUUCCGAUCCCGGAGCCGGAUAGGCCCUCAAUAGUCUCAACUUCUUCGCGGAGGAGCAAGAGGUGGAGCAACCGUUCCGUUCAGCUAAAAGAGCCCAAGAAUUCCCAAACGCUCGAGUCCUGUCCACUGCACUCCUGUCCGAUGCACCAAAAACCUCCAGUUGACUCUCCCCAAAUGCUAAAGUUUUUCAACGAGGUGCGGCAAAGGGAGCUUAGGGACUAUUACAUCCAGAUGAAGUCUGCUGAAAGGAGUCCCGAGGCAUCUCUCCUGUGUCCUUGUUGUGGUCUUCCCAAGCGUGAUAAGAGGGAUCUCACCCACAACAUCUACUGCACUGGAAACAAGAGCUUACGACGGGAUAUGAAUAUCAAUUCUGAUCGGUAUAGGGAUCUCAAUUGGUUGUGGAACUCCACCGUGGCAUGUCCUCAAUCAGCAUGAGUGGCGGAUGCCACGACGGUGGUUCCCACGAAUUGUGAUCUUUAUCCACAGUUCAUGGUAUCAAAUAUAAAUAAAUUCGGACAAUAAACAUAAACCAUAAGAAUAUUGUA